GAAAAUAGCGUCAUGAUUUUACGGUUAUAAUAUUUGUGCAUAUUUUGCACAGAUGCAUUUUUGUUAAGAUCUGUUGUUUUUAUCCUUUUGUUCACAAGACACAAAUGAACAUAUUAUAAACAAUAACUUUUCUCCUUAAUCUCUUCAUUUUAUCACAUAUCGGAAUUAGCAUCGUAGUACAAUCUUUAAUGGCAAUGCCUUCUAUAAAGCUUAAACCAGAAGAAGGAGAUUUGAUAAAUGUCCCCACUGGGAAGACUGUCAUCGGUCGUGGUGCAUUCCUGAAUGUUGUAGAUAAAAGAGUUUCAAGAAAUCAUGGUAUACUAGAGGUGGAUGAUGGAAAACUGUAUCUAACACCUACACACAGUAACCCCUGUUUCCUCAAGAAGGAUGGAGGGAUGACUCCUAUGACUAAGGAUCAGAAAAAACUGAUGGAAGAUGGAGAAAUAUUUGGCUUACUGAGGGAUAAGUUAUAUUUUACAGUCAUGUAUGAUGUUCCUAAUGGAACAAUGAAGAGUGAGGAAAAAGAUACAUCUAAAGAAACAUCUAAACAGAAUGGUGAAGAUAAUUCAAAACAGUCAAAAAAGCCAUCAAAAGUGAAAUCAGAGGAAAAAGAAGAAGAAAGUUCAAUGUCAGAAAAAAGAAGAGUUCUUCCAUCCUGGAUGAUAGAAAUGGCCAGAGAUUCAGUCCCCAAGAGCAGCAAUAAACCCUCCAGUAAACGAACUGCACCAGUAAAGAAGAAGAAGGCAGAAUCAGAGGAUGACUGGAUGGAAGAAGAAUCGGAAGAGGAGGUCAAACCAAAGGGCAAAGGUCGUAGGGGGAAUUCUGCCAAAACGGAAAAUGCAAAAAGGGUUGGAAAGAAGUCAAAAUAUGCUGAAUCUAGUGAGGAAGAGGAGGAGGAAAGUGAGGAAUCAGAGGAAGAAAUAAAGCCAAAGAAAGCCAGACAAAGGAGGCAGUCUUCAGAGGAUGAAAAUAUGAAACCAAAGAAAAGGAAAAAAGGGAGAGGAAGAAAACAGUCAGAUGAUGAACAGUCCACCAGUUGGAGGGGACGACCAUCAAGAUCAGCAGCUUGUAAAAGAGGCAGCUAUGUUGAUGAUUUUGUAGCUCCUGAUGACAUGUCUGAGGAAGAAGAAGAUGAGGACUCAGAUAAGGAUCAGGACAGUGACUUCCACCUGGACAGUCUAGAGGAUUCCGGAAGUGACUGGGAAAUGUCACAGAAAAGUAAAAAACAAAAGCCAGUGAGGCAAGGCACAAGGAAGUCCGCGCGACAAGGAAGAAGAAAAAGGUACACAUCUGAUUUCUCUGAUGAGGAGGACGAGGAAUAUGUACCGCGCCCCACCAAGCGGAGGGCCAGCAUGUCUGCCAACAAAAAAUUUAAAUCCUACAGACGUGAUGAGGACAGUGAGGAAGAUUCUGAAGAUGAAAGACCCUCCAAGAAAUCUCCCAAAAAAGGUCGUGGAAGACCAGCUAAAGGAAGAAGGCGAAAAGAUGAGUCUGAAUCAGAAGAGGAGGAAGAGUCUGAGGAGGAGGAUGAGGUAAAAAAGAAGGGAAGGAAAAAGAAGAUGACAAGUUCAGAGGAGGAAGAAGAAUCAGAAGAGGAGAAACCCAAGAAGAAGAAAUCUAAGGACCAGAGUGAGAGUGAUGAUUCGGAGAAAGACACCCCCAGUAAAAAACAGAAAAAAGAUGCCAAGGAAGGCGGAAAAAAGAAACGCAAACCUUGUCAAUUUGGGAAGAAGUGCUACAGGAAAAAUCCCAUUCAUUUCAAAGACUACUGUCAUCCUGGUGAUGAAAGUUACGAGGCGAGUGACGAGGAUAAACCUGAGUGUCAGUAUGGCACAGAUUGUUACAGGACAAAUCCUGAACACUUGAGAGAGUUUAAACACACAGUGACACUAUCCCUGCCAUCAGCAAAGAAAGCUAAAAGAAGUGUGCUGUCUAAGGACCAUGAUGAUGAUGAUGGACAGCCAAACACAUAUGAUUACAAUGACAGUUUUAUUGAUGAUGACAUUGGUUCCGAAUCUUCAGGAUCAUAUGAGGAUCCAGAGAACAGUGAUUCAGACUAUGAUCCAGAGGACUCUCAAAGUGUGAAAAACCUCCAGAAAGAGGCUAGAAAGUUCAUCAAAAAUAAGAAAAUGCAGCGGAAAUAAACUGUGAAGUAUUAUCCACUGUCACAUUGCCAAUGUUAUGGAUGACAGAUAACCACAUUACUUACAAUUCUUUUAUUAUUUUUUUAAAGCUCACCUGAGGGAAAGGCACUUUUCUGAUCGAAAAAAGGAUCCAGUGUCUUUUAAAACAUGUCCAAACCCAUUGACCCAUUCUCAACCAACUUUCCACAAAGCAUCCUUGAGUGAAGGAGAUUCAAGUUUGUUCAAAUGAAGAACCACAUUCUUUUGGGGGGAUCAUUUAGAAACUAAAGUGGGAUCAUUUAAGUCUUAUUCUCAAGGACUUUUAGGCUAGAAAAGAGAAAACUUGCAUGUCAAAUUUCUGUUGAUUCAAAAUUUGUUCAAGUUGUGGCCACAGUUUUUGCACAAGCAUCUCCAUAUAACAUAGAAUUAGUUUUUUUUAGCAAGCCAUUAAGGAUAGGAUUGGGCUACAACAGAAUUUCAAAGUUUUACAUGGGAAUACCGUAUAUACUCACCUAUAAGUCGGUCUGCCUAUAAGUCGGUUUUAUUUUUUAAGCUUACGUUAAAGGGAUUGACCCACUAUAAUGCCAAUAUUUUUAUAACUCGCCUAUACGUCGGACAGGGGUUUUUGGACCAAAGUUUAACUCCCAAAAAACCGACUCAUAGGCGAGUAUAUACGGUAUGUAAAGGGAAAAAAAAGCUAUAAAAGGCUUUUUGUAGAGAACAGAAGGACCAUAAUUAGACCAAUAGUUAAAUAUCCCUAUAUAAUGUAGACUUGGAUUUGUUCACAUCAUGGCUGUGGUCACAAAAGCAGUGGCACAAUUGGUCAAAUACGGUAGUUCAGCAUCUCCAUGUAUUUAGAUUGCGUCUUUGUUCAAAUCAGGCCACUAGGCCUAGGGCAAGGCACAUAGGGUAUCAAACUUUUACCAGGGUGUAUGUAAGAAAAAUCAUCUGAUGUCAAAAGCAGGACACAAUAAGUUGUUGAUAUGCAGCUUCCCAGUGUAUUGUAGAUUCAAGAUUGUUCCAAGUGUGACCUUAGGGUCUAGGUUGGGCUCACAAUCUGGGAAUUUCAGGAAGGUUUUAUACAGAAAUAUAUUGAUUUACAAAAACCAAAAAGUGACAUUAAGCCUCAAUAUACUGUAAAUGCUGUUGAAAUCAUGGACUUUAAUUUGAUGACUACAUAAGGGGUUUCUCUAUGUAUAUAUUCUUUUUUCAGGAAAGAGAAUGGUGACUCAGGUGAGCUUUGUGGUCCUUGGGUCUCAUUUUAAGUUUAGUUCAUUUUAUGUGUGAAGAAUUGGCUUAUUUUUGUGAAGUAAAAAAAUUUCAUUAGGACUUGUAAUUUGGUAUUGUAAUCAUUUCAGCUGACAAUUACAUGUGAAAUAUAACAAUCCUUUUCAUCUAUUAAAUGAUCUAGUAAAUGAAUUCUUAUCUGUUUUAUUAGAGAAUAGCAUAUGAAUGAAGGUCAUCUUAGCUUUAAUAAAGGCCUCUUUAUGGUCUGUGUAAACUUCCAAACUUUUGAUCAAAAUGCCAUAUUUUUGUGUAGAUUUUUAAAUUCAUUUUAAUUUAUAAAGACUGUUCAAACCCCAUCUGACUACAAAGGUCCUUUUGUUCUAGUGUUUCUGGUACCACCAUCAUCAUCUUGAUUAAAUGUGUUCAUCUGAUUAGGAAUUCUGAGUGUAACAUACAAGUGUAUCAUAGAACAGAAAUAGCAUGUACAAACUACAUGUUUACAUGAUGCCAUAACUCAAACAAAAUGGAGUGCUUUUUUACAGAGAUCAGUCAGCUUGAUUUGCUGAUUAGACAAAUUUUUUAAAUUUUCUUAUGGUGUAUUCUCCAUACAGCAUCUUGAAAAUCAAGAAAAGAUUUUAGUUUUCCUAAUGUCCAGUACAUGUAUUUGUGGUUGUUUUUUUUCAUUGUUCAGUAAAGGCUUAUAGAACUUUAUUCUCUGUAGCACCUUUUUUAUGUAAAGUGUUGAGGUUGGAUUGAUCGAUUUUUUUUCCAUAUGUUUGAGUUUGUAUUUGUCAAGUGUGAAAAGGCUAGUUAAUGGAUCUCUCUUCAAAUUUUGAUUUCUAAAUAACAGGUAAUUGUCAUUUUUAACUAUAUAUUUUUCAUUCUACGCAAAAUAAUAUUGAAAACUUUUGUGAAGUAAAUGAUUGUAAAGUGGUAUUUUAUCAUAGUAAUUUAGUGCAAACCUUAACAUUUCUUUUAUUUUAAUUCAAUUUAACCAAUAAUUAUGUUUGAUAAUUUCAUCUUUUUAUGUCAAGAAAGCUUUUGUUUUUUGUAUAGUUAUGGUGUACUCCAUGUGUUCCAUAAACAAUUCUUUGUCAAUCAUUUUCAUAUCCAGCAUUGCAUGUAUACAUAGUAAAACUUUGUUAAACUAAUCAAAACUGUGUUAAAUAUUCAACAAGGCCCCAAGACCGUAAACUUAGAAUAGACUUAAGUCAAAAUUUUGAUUUUCACUAUCUUGAGUUUUAUUUCAGAUAUUUGCUUCAA